ACCUUCAGGCACGCUGCCUCUGCCUUAGGGGGUAAACACCCCCCCAGGAUGCCUUCAAUUGCCUUAGGCUUUUUGGAUCUGUAUUCUAGGACGGGUUUUGAAUUUUUAAAAUAUUUGCACUGAUGUAGGGAAAAAAAAAAAGGAAGCCAAGGAAAGGAGGUGGAACGCUAAUAACCUCACACACACACACCCCCACCCUGCACUGCAGAGAGGGGGAGAAGCCAGGAAAGCAGCAGCAGAGCCAGGCAGCUCUGGGAAUCACCCCGGCACCCAGCACGGGGAGGGUUCCCUGCAGCCCGUGGGUCACAUCACCCCCCAACACAGCACGGGAGAGCGCCGGGCACCGCGGCAGGGCAAGGUGAAAACGGCUUCUUCAAGGUGACAUCCCGCGAUGGCAGGGGAAGAGCGUCCGUUAGCUGUUCUCUUGCGAGCGCUGCAGGGCCUCGCGCCCAAGGACUUUCAGGAGUUUCAGAUGAAGUUAUCGAAGGUCCACCUGGAAGGGGAAUGGAAUAUCCCCAAGGAUUCGCUGGUGAAGGCCGCCCACCCCUGCGCCCUCGUCGGCUGCAUGGGCGAGAACUACAGCGAAGGCGCCGCGAUGGACAUAGCCAUUGGGCUGCUCGAAGAGAUGAACCAGAGAGACCUUGUGGAAAAACUCCUGGAGGAGAAGGUGAAAGACCACAAGCGGAAAUACAAGGAGCACGUGGUGCGGGAGUUCCUCUGGUACAAAGAAGUCAACUCCUGUCUGGGGGAGAACCUGUCCAUCAGCAGCCGCUACACCGACCUGACCAUCACCAGGAAGCUUUGGAGCAAGCGUGGAGGUGAGCACAAAGCUGUGGGUGCCAACCAUGGAUGUCCCGAGGCCGGCCAUGGAUCAGCCACCAUCGCCGUCACCGCGCAGACACUGUUUAAACCCGACGAAGAUGGGCACACGCCACAGGUGGUGGUGCUGGUGGGGGCCCCGGGUACAGGGAAGACGAUGACGGUCAGGAAGGUGAUGGUGGAGUGGGUGGAAGGGACCUCCUACACGCAGUUUGACUACGUCUUCUGCAUAGACUGCAAAGACAUUGCCUUUACCAAGGAAGCGAGCGUGGUAGACCUCAUUUCAAAGUGCUGCCCUCACAGGAGAACACCAGUUGGGAAGAUCCUGGAUGACCAGAAGAAGAUCCUGUUCAUUUUUGAUGGCUUCGAGGCCCUGGGAUUUUCCUUGGUUCAGCCCGAAGCUGAGCUGAGCUCUGACCCCAGGGAAGUGAAGCUGCUGGAAACCACCCUGAUGAGCUUGUUGAAGAAGACCGUUCUCCCCGAGUCCUCCUUGCUCAUCACCACAAGGCCGACAGCUCUUCAAAGCCUGGGGCAGUGCCUGGAGGGUGAAUAUUACGCAGAAAUACUGGGAUUUUCGGCAGCCAUGAGGGAGGAGUAUUUCCACAGGUACUUUGAGAACAACAAUAAAGCCACCAUGGCCUUCAGGUUUGCCAGAGGCAACGAGAUCCUCUACAGUUUGUGUGUCAUCCCCGUCAUGAGCUGGACAGUCUGCACCAUCCUUGAACAGGAGCUUGACAAGAAGAAAAACCUCCUCGAGUGCUCUAAAGCCACCACGCGGAUGAGCGUGUUUUACCUCUCCCGGUUAAUGAGGUGCAGAGGCAGGGACAACCCGCAGGACCUCCAGCAGUUCCUGGGCAAGCUCUGCUCCUUGGCCGCCGAGGGCAUCUGGAAGCACAAGGUCCUCUUUGAGGAGAAGGAAAUCAAGGACCGUGGCUUGGACCAGCCACACCUCCUCCCCCUCUUCCUCAACGAGAAGAUCUCAAAGAAAGGCGUAGGCCACGGGAACGUCUACAGCUUCACCCACCUGCACCUCCAGGAGUUUUUUGCGGCAAUGUUUUACGUUCUGGAGGACGAUGAGGAGAUGGCUGGUGACCCGGGGCCUCUCACAAAGGACGUAAAUCGGUUAUUAGAAAGCUACAGCGAAUCCAGGGAGGAUUUGAACUUAACGGUGCGGUUCCUCUUUGGUCUGCUAAGCCAAAAAUCGAUAGAGUACCUGGAUGAAAGCAUUGGGUGCAGAAUUUCACCACAAGCCAGGGAAGAUACGCUGAAGUGGCUUCAGGGGAGGCACAGGGUCACUUCCCAGCCUGGCCAAGUGCUGAAAGUUACGGAGUUGGACACUUUCCACUUUUUGUUUGAGAUGAACAACAAAAGCUUCGUGCAAAGUGCGUUGGGUCGUUUCACCGACGUAGACCUGCAGGACAUCAAGUUUUCCCUCUACGACCAAAUGGCUCUUUCCUUCUGCAUCAGGCAGUGGGACGGGUUGGACUGCGUCACCCUCCGGGGGUGCUCCUUCCACCAGCAGGAGAGCAGGGACAAGGUGGCCGCGUCGGUUCCUUGCUCCGGUGCCUCGGGAGCAGGAGAAGGUCCCCUUCCCCUCGCUGAGCAGUGGCACCAGGAGCCACAGACCCCCAUCCAGCCCCUCUGCCGGGCACUGCGGCACCCGGGCAGCGGCCUGCGGGUGCUCCGGCUGCAGUGGUGCAGGCUGUCUGAGAGCUGCUGUGCCGAGCUGGCGGGGCUACUGGCCCAACACCCCACCCUGGCCCGGCUGGAGCUGGGGGACGGCACGCUGGGCGACGGCGGCGUGCGCCUGCUCUGCCAGGGGCUGCAGCAGCCUGGCUGCCCCCUGCGCGUCCUGCGGCUGUGGUACUCCCGCUUGAGCAGCGCCUGCUGCGAGGACCUCGCCACCGUGCUGGCCACCAGCCCGUGCCUGGAGGAGCUGGAUCUGUCCUUCAGCGAGGGGCUGCGCGACGCCGGCGUCCAUUUGCUGUGCGAGGGGCUCCAGCACCGCAACUGCCGGCUGCGGAGCCUGAGGCUGGGGAGCUGCCGGCUGACGGGCGCCUGCUGCCGAGCCCUGGCCGCUGGGCUGGUGGAGAGUCCCCAUCUCACCUGCCUGGACCUGAGCGACAACCAGCUGGGAGCCGACGGUGUCCUGCAGCUCUGCCAGCAGCUCCGGCAUCCCGCCUGCCCGCUGCAGGCCCUGGGCCUGAGCACAUCGGGGCUGAGCGAGGAAGUGCUGCAGGAGCUGGAUGCCCUGCGGACACUGAAGCCCCACCUGAAGAUCGGGUCCCUCCUGGAGCAGGAGGUGCCGCAGGCGGGGGCCAUGGCCCGGCUGCCCUUCCACCGGGGGGUCCUGCCGGGCACAGGGGGGCUGGGGGGCAGGAAGGGGCUCCCCUCCUUUAGGAGAGCCCCUCGCAACAACCCCAGCCAGUUCUAGCCCCAUUUGCGGUGCUGCUGAAGGCGGGGGGAAGCCUCCCUGGGUCUGAGCCUGCCCCACACUUGGGGGUCCUGCCUGCAUCUGCUGGGGGGCAGGGCAGGGCUGGUCCUGCUCCUUCCCUCUCCCGGUUUCCCCACGCUGGGAAGAGUUUUGGGCGAUGACAAAGAAAGGCCCCGGGGCCAGUCCCCUGGCUCUUCCCCCUCCUCUCUCCCCCUGUCCCUGCGUCCCCAGGGAUGUCCCUGUGGGUCCAGCUCCUGCCCCACGUCCCCGCGGGAUGGCAGAGGGACCCGGCAGAGAGGUGCCAGCCCUGGAAGAGAGUGUCCACCCAGUUGGGGGCUUUAAUAGAGAAACAAAGAA